GUUAUUUAUAAACAAAAUUGUUUGAGAUAUUCUGAAUUCUGAAUCGUGUUAUAUAUAUGUUAUUUGGGAUGACGCUUAAAAAAUGCAUAGCCCGUUGAAAAUAAAAUUAACGGAUCUGAAUCCGCAUCUAACAUGUAUCAUCUGUGAAGGUUAUUUUAUUAAUGCGACUACAAUCACCGAGUGUUUACAUUCUUUUUGCCGAAGUUGUAUUGUGAAGUACUUAGAAACAAAUAAAUAUUGUCCGAUUUGUGAAGUGCAAAUUCAUAAGACCAAACCGUUGUUAAAUUUACGAAGUGAUCAAACAUUACAAGAUAUUGUGUAUAAACUUGUUCCAGGACUCUUUCAAAAUGAAAUGCAAAGACGGAAAACAUUUUAUGCAUCAAAUCCAACAGUUACAAAACCAGCAGAUCCAGAAUUAUCUGGUGAAUUAUCGGAACGAAGUUAUAUUUAUACUAGUGAUGACUAUAUUAGCUUAUCACUGGAGUACUACAAUAAUAACAAUAACGAAUCUUCAAGCGAUGUUCAGUCAAGAAGGUAUUUACGAUGUCCGGCAGCUGUUUCAAUAUUGCAUUUACAAAAAUUAAUUCGUGCGAAAUAUGGUUUAACGAAAGAUCAUAAAGUUGAUAUUCUGUAUCAGAAUGAUGCUUUAUGUGAAGAUUUUACGCUUAUUGAUGUGGCGUACAUUUAUCUGUGGAAAAGAAAAGGCCCUUUGCACUUAACAUAUCGUAUAUUCGAAACCGAAUGUCGAAAGAAAAUCAAGUAUGAUUUUCAAAAUCAUGAAGAUGUUACAUCAAUCACAGCGGAUGAUUGUAACAAGAAUAUAUCUGUAUCAACUGCACCAGCAGAUGAUACGAAAUUAUCAACAGAAGCAGCACUUCCAACAAUCACCACAAUGGCAGCGCCUCAAACAACAUCAGCUUCGAUGUCAACAACACUAGUAACUGCUUCAACCACAUCAGUGUCGAUAACAAUGACAGUGCCGGUAACGGAUCCAAUUAAAUCCGAUAGUAUUACGACGACGGCGACAUCGGUGUCAAGUGCGACCGUGAUGGUACCUUUGGUGCCGGUUGUACCAACGCCAACAGAAGUUAGUAAAACGGACAAUAAACAAACAAAUUCAAAUUUUUUAGAUAAUAAUUUAAUAAAUGAAGUGACAACAUCAAUAAAUAAUACUACUACGUCUACAACAUCAUCUUCAAUAAUACCUAGUGCACUAGUAACUGAUAGUAGUUAUUUGAAUAAUAAUAAUAUAAGUGAUAAACAAUUGAAUGACGUUGUUUUAUGUGAUAAUAUACAGCAUGAGUCAGGUGAUAAAGAAGUACAUUUACAAAUUAGUGAAACAGGUAUAAUAUCUGUGACAACAAGUAUUGCAUCCUCAGCCGAGAUAACACAAACGAUGACGAAUCAAAUAACAAAACUUCCAAUUGAAAAUAGUACAGCAUCUGUGAUACCAAUGCAGCAGCAACGUUUAAAGAAAUCCGAUUUAAAGUCAGUACGAAAGAAUCAUAAAAUACCGACAACAAUAGCGACGUCAAUUGCGUCCCCAUCAACAGCAUCGACACCAGUCACAGUUGAAUCCCAACAAAAUGAACGGAAACGAAAAUUAUCAACAGAUUCAACGGACGGUAACACACAAAAGAAAUUAACAGCGGUAGUGACAGCGGUAGCGAGUCAACACCAAGUGCCUUUGACAAGUAGUGAUGAUAUAUUCAAAACAAGUAAAUUAAUUACAACAUGUGCGCCUACGCCUAAGCCCCCUCUAUCAAUACCGAAAUCACAAUCUCAAACACAAACGCAAAUGUUUAAUACAAAAACGACUACUAUUUUAUCAGCGUCAACACCUAAAAUGUCCAUUGCAGGUACUGCGAGAAAACCAACACCAGUAAUCAACCAGCAAAGUAUAUCAACGCCAAUAGCGGCCAUACGACAUGCAACUCCUGCAGUUACGACACCAAUUACAAAACAAAAAAUUGGACUACAACCAAAAAUUGCAAUAACAACGGCUCCGCCAACCUUAAACAAGUCAAACAAACCAAUUGGUUAUAAGACGUUACGAAAUCCACCAAAAGCUUGGAAUCCAACGUUACCCCCACGUAACUUGAAUCAUCCGUACGGUGGAUAUAUACCAAAUAUUGAUACGAAGAAAAUUCCUUUGUCAGUGUCAACAGCAUCAUCUUCACCGAUUACGACUCCUACAACCACGACAAUUGUAUCGUCUGCAUCGAAUUUAAUCGCUGCAACGGCCAUCUCUGUUCCAGUUUCAACAACAAAACCAAAUAAAUUCUUUAAGGUGCGAAAUAUGCCACGAUAUCUUGGGAAUCCAGCAUCUGGUGUAAAACCAAUGUAUCCCAUGUCAUCCCCAACGGCAAGCAACACAAUUACAACAAAAAAUGAUACAAAAGUUGUGAACUCCAUAACAACUACGACAUCCUCAAUUUUAACGCUAUCUUCAACGGUUAAGCGAACAAUGCCAAGCUCUACCAAUACUCCAAUACGAGCUACAUCACCGGUUAAAAGUUUAACAUCAAUUGCGGGUAAAUUAAACACGAAAACUACGUCUGUACAACAGGUACUCAACAAAGAAGCACCACCUCAACCGAAGAGUACACCUAGUGAAAUAGCUACACCACUGGUAGUGACCUCCAGUGAAUUGAUUGUUCCUAAAGUUGAUAUCGUAUCAAAUUCUCCUCAAUCUGAAACCACGGAGAAAGUUAAUACUCCUUCAACGGUUCCUCCUCCCGCUCCAAGUGAAAAUAAAGAAACAAGCGAUGAAACAAAACUUGAAGCAUCCAAAACGGAAGUACCAUCAACUGGAACAAACAUGACAUCAAGUGAUAAAGUAUUUCAAGCAUCACGAAACAGUUUAAAAUUAUCGUUAAGCUCACGGAACUCAACGAUGACUGUUUCGGAAAUGUUACAAUUACGUAACAGUCCAAAAACAACAAAUCCUCCUCAAUUAUCAGCGAAAAUCGAACAAAAAUCAAGUUCAGAAGCUGUAGAACAACCCCAACCAGCUUCGUCUGAUACAAACACACCUACUGCUCCAAGUGAAAAAGAAAAAGAAACACCAAAAGAAAACAACGUUGAAAAACUUGAAAUUGAGAAAACAAAAGAUGUUGAGAAAACAUCUGAAGUUAGGAUAAAAGAAUCUCCCCCAGAAAUGAAUAACCAAGAUAAUAAGUUAGGCGAAUUAAAAAUAUCACAAACAACGGUCCCAAUUUAUAGUCCACGAUUUAAGCAAAAAAAUGAUACAAAAUUUCAAAAGUCGUUAAACUCAAAUUUGCGUAUCGAUGUGCAUAAUACUGAAACACCUGAAAACAAAAUGUUAUACUCAUCACCGCAAGUGUCCCCUCAAUCACAACAAAAAUUGGAUAAAAAACAAAAAAAUGUGCCUUCCAGUCCAAAAUUUGAACGUGUCAGUAGUCCAAAAACAUUAUUAAUUAGUCCCAAAAGUCAAAAAUCAAGUCCCACUAUACAAAUGAAUCCAAUUUUUGAUCAACAUAAAACGAAGAGUCCACAAUUGGAUCGUAUGAGUCCAAAACAAAUUUAUAAAAUGUCACCAACACAUUCGAAACAAAAUUAUGAUCAUAAAACGAAGAGUAGCGGGGCAAGUAGUUCAAGUGCAUCAGGUUCGGAUAAAAGUGGUACCAGUUCAACGAAAUCACCAACAGUUAAGAAUCAAUUAAGUCCGAAAAGUUUAAGUAAAACGGAUUUAACGACAGUGCCAUCACAGCAAAAGUUUAAUUUUGUGCCAGCGAAUCCAUUUAUACCGAAUUUAUCAUCACCGAAUUUAAGUCCAAAUUUUUUAUUCUCAAAUUAUGCGAUUAGUGCGGCGAAUCAAAUUAUGUCGAAUUAUGAGAAUCGAUUAUUACCACAACAUAAUUGUCCGAAAAAUAUGAAUAGUAUUCUCGAAUUGUCUGCAUACCAUAAUAUACCGUUAAUGAGUGCAAUGUUUUAUAAUCAACAUCGAUUGGGUUAUCCACCAGGUCCACAACCUCCACCUCCCCCUACUGGAGCCACACCAUGCUCUUUAACUGGCAGUCAAACGCUGUCGCCAUCAUCUUCAGCGAUUACAUCACCUAUAACAAGUGUUACGAACUCAAAAUCAGUCGAUUCCAAAUCAAAACAAUCAAAAGAGAAAAAUUUAAAUAAU